AUGAGUAUAUGGAACUACGUGGUCACAGCUCACAAACCCACCAACGUCACUCACUCCUGCGUCGGCAAUUUCACCAGUCCUCAAGACCUCAACCUCAUUAUCGCGAAAUGCACGCGCAUCGAGAUUCACUUGCUCUCUCCUCAGGGCUUGCAGCCUAUGUUGGAUGUGCCGAUAUAUGGGAGAAUCGCAACGCUUGAACUCUUCCGCCCUCAUGGUGAGACACAGGAUUAUCUCUUUAUUGCAACUGAAAGAUACAAAUUUUGUGUUCUUCAAUGGGAUUCUGAGACUGCUGAGCUUGUUACCCGGCUAGGAAUUUCUGUGAAAAAUGAAGAUUGGAAUGUUUUCCUCUGUCAUUUGAGACCCAAACAGGAUUUUGGAGGCGGAGUUAGGGCUAUGGGGGAUGUUUCUGAUCGGAUAGGACGUCCUACUGAUAACGGUCAGAUUGGCAUUAUUGAUCCUGAUUGUAGGUUGAUUGGACUGCACUUGUACGAUGGUUUGUUCAAAGUGAUUCCCUUUGACAAUAAAGGACAACUCAAGGAAGCAUUUAAUAUAAGGCUUGAGGAGCUGCAAGUUUUGGAUAUCAAAUUUCUUUAUGGUUGUUCAAAGCCAACCAUUGUGGUUCUUUACCAGGAUAAUAAAGAUGCUCGCCAUGUUAAAACAUACGAGGUUGCACUGAAGGAUAAAGAUUUUGUUGAAGGUCCAUGGUCCCAGAACAAUCUUGAUAAUGGGGCUGAUUUAUUGAUACCAGUUCCCCCACCACUUUGUGGCGUGCUUAUUAUUGGAGAAGAAACCAUAGUAUAUUGCAGUGCUAAUGCUUUCAAGGCUAUCCCAAUCAGACCUUCAAUUACAAAAGCCUAUGGAAGAGUUGAUCCUGAUGGUUCUAGAUAUUUACUUGGUGAUCAUACAGGGUUGCUUAGCCUACUUGUAAUAACCCAUGAGAAAGAAAAGCAUAUUCAUUGGAGAAGCAAUAUGGUUACUGGACUCAAAAUUGAGCCCCUUGGGGAGACAUCCAUUGCAUCUACAAUAUCAUACCUUGAUAAUGCAUUCGUCUUCAUUGGUUCAAGUUAUGGAGAUUCACAGCUUAUUAAACUAAAUCUACAGCCUGACGCAAAAGGUUCUUAUGUGGAAGUACUGGAAAGGUAUGUCAAUUUGGGGCCUAUUGUUGACUUCUGUGUGGUAGACCUUGAAAGGCAGGGCCAAGGUCAGGUUGUAACAUGCUCUGGAGCUUACAAGGAUGGUUCUCUUCGCGUUGUUCGGAAUGGGAUUGGGAUUAAUGAACAGGCAUCAGUGGAGCUUCAAGGUAUCAAAGGAAUGUGGUCACUAAGAUCCUCAACAGAUGAUCCUUUUGAUACUUUUCUGGUUGUGAGCUUUAUAAGUGAAACAAGAAUCUUAGCAAUGAAUCUUGAGGAUGAGCUGGAAGAAACUGAGAUUGAGGGAUUCUGUUCCCAAGUGCAGACAUUAUUUUGCCACGAUGCAGUUCAUAAUCAACUUGUUCAAGUCACUUCAAACUCUGUCAGACUGGUCAGUUCCACUACUAGAGAGCUCCGUAAUGAAUGGCUGGCACCAUCAGGCUAUUCAGUAAAUGUAGCUACAGCGAACGCUACCCAGGUUUUGUUGGCCACAGGAGGAGGGCAUUUAGUUUACCUUGAAAUUGGAGACGGAAUAUUGCAAGAAGUAAAACAUGCCCAACUGGAGUAUGAGAUUUCGUGUCUGGACAUAAAUCCCAUUGGUGAAAAUCACAAUCACAGUCAUCUUGCAGCAGUUGGAAUGUGGACAGACAUAAGUGUUAGAAUUUUUUCACUUCCGGACCUGAAUCUCAUCACUAAGGAACAGUUAGGAGGGGAGAUCAUUCCUCGUUCUGUUCUUCUCUGUGCCUUUGAAGGGAUAUCUUACUUGCUAUGUGCUCUCGGUGAUGGACAUCUUUUAAACUUUAUGCUGAACACAAGUACAGGCGAGUUAACGGAUAGAAAAAAAGUAUCUCUUGGGACACAACCCAUUACACUACGGACAUUCUCCUCCAAGAAUACUACCCAUGUAUUUGCUGCAUCUGAUCGGCCAACUGUGAUCUAUAGUAGUAACAAAAAAUUACUUUAUAGUAAUGUGAAUCUGAAGGAAGUGAGUCACAUGUGUCCUUUCAAUUCUGCUGCUUUUCCAGACAGUUUGGCAAUUGCGAAAGAAGGUGAGCUUACUAUCGGCACCAUUGAUGACAUACAAAAACUCCAUAUUCGCUCUAUUCCACUAGGAGAGCAUGCCCGGCGGAUCUGCCACCAGGAACAAUCUAGGACUUUUGCUAUUUGUAGUUUAAAAUACAACCCAACAAGUGGUGAAGACUCGGAAAUGCACUUCGUCCGCUUGCUGGAUGACCAGACUUUUGACUGCUCAUUCUCGGAUGAUAAUAAUGUUUAUUACUGUGUCGGAACUGCAUAUGUAUUGCCAGAGGAAAAUGAACCAACCAAAGGAAGAAUUCUUGUUUUUACUGUUGAAGAUGGAAAACUACAGCUGAUUGCCGAGAAGGAGACAAAAGGAGCUGUUUAUUGCUUGAAUGCAUUUAAUGGUAAAUUGCUUGCUGCUAUAAAUCAAAAAAUUCAGCUGUACAAGUGGGUGCGACGUGAUGAUGGUACCCAUGAAUUGCAGUCUGAAUGUGGACAUCACGGACACAUCCUAGCACUUUAUGUACAAACUAGAGGAGAUUUUAUUGUAGUUGGUGACCUGAUGAAGUCAAUUUCCUUGUUAAUCUACAAGCAUGAAGAAGGUGCUAUUGAGGAAAGAGCUCGUGACUACAAUGCAAACUGGAUGUCAGCCGUCGAAAUCCUUGACGAUGACAUUUACCUAGGUGCAGAAAAUAAUUUUAAUCUGUUCAGUGUUCGGAAAAAUAGUGAAGGGGCUACUGAUGAAGAGCGAGGUCGUCUUGAAGUAGUUGGUGAGUAUCACCUUGGAGAAUUUAUCAAUCGGUUCCGGCAUGGCUCCCUCGUUAUGCGCUUGCCAGAUUCUGAUGUUGGGCAGAUUCCAACUGUUAUAUUUGGAACCAUUAAUGGUGUUAUUGGAGUUAUUGCUUCUCUUCCGCAUGAGCAAUAUGUUUUCUUGGAGAAACUUCAGUCGAAUUUGAGGAAGGUAAUUAAAGGUGUUGGAGGACUUAGCCAUGAGCAAUGGAGGUCAUUUAACAAUGAGAAGAAAACUGUUGAAGCCAGAAACUUUUUAGAUGGAGAUUUGAUCGAAUCAUUUCUUGAUCUCAACCGCAGUAAGAUGGAUGAAAUUUCCAAGGCAAUGGAUGUUUCUGUAGAGGAGUUAUGCAAAAGAGUAGAAGAGUUGACAAGGUUGCACUGA